AUGGAGACCCCGGCGGAGGAGAAGACGGAGCCCGCUCUGAAGGAGCAGCCUCUGCCCACCCUGAGCCCCGCCGUGCCCCCCUACGUCACCCUGAGCCUGACGGUGGUCUACACGGUGUUCUACUCGCUCCUGUUCGCCUUCGUCUACGUGCAGCUGUGGCUGGUGCUGCGGUACCGGCACAAGCGGCUGAGCUACCAGACGGUGUUCCUGUUCCUGUGCCUGCUGUGGUCGGCGCUCCGCACCGUGCUCUUCUCCUUCUACUUCCGGAGCUUCGUGACGGCGAACACCCUGGGACCCUUCCCCUUCUGGCUGCUGUACUGCUGCCCGGUGUGCCUGCAGUUCUUCACGCUCUGCCUCAUGAACCUGUACUUCGCUCAGGUUGUGUUCAAGGCCAAGUCGAAGUACGCACCGGAGCUGCUGAGGUACAGAUGCGACAUGGACUUGAACCCUCAACUUCAGAGUUACAAGACCAUGGCAGUGACCAUUGAGCUACCACAGCCGGGAACGUCGGUGUGCCAGGUGACGGUUAUCGGAGCCAUCGUCAUCCUCCUGUACGCCUCCAGGGCCUGCUACAACCUGGUUGUCCUCGGACUCUCCAACAAGAGCAUUAACUCGUUUGACUACGACUGGUACAACGUGUCGGACCAGGCAGAUUUACAGUCGACCCUAGGCGACGCUGGUUACAUCGUCUUCGGGGUGGUUCUGUUCGUGUGGGAGCUGCUGCCGACUUCUCUGGUCGUUUUCUUCUUCAGGGUGCGGAAGCCUAACUUGGACCGGAGCGGCUCUGGUCUUCCUGGUCACGUCUUCUCUUCUAGAGCUUAUUUCUUCGACAAUCCGCGACGUUACGACAGCGACGACGAUUUAGCGUGGAGCGUCAUGCCUCAGAACAUCCAAGCGAGGUAA